AAAACAUGUUUGGAUGUUUUCUGUACUCGCCUGUGCUACAACUGGAGUCCAUGUCACCGAUAUCCUUGACGUUCACCAGCGUAUGAAGAUCUUUGGAACUAAUUCUACGCAUCUUUUUCCAGACUAUAGUCACGUCAAAGUGGAAGAGUUAAAUGAUGAAAAUACAGCCGAUUUAAAACAAUUUCGAAAACGCCCACCGAAUCAACGCGUGUUUCAAAUGACAAAAAAUAAUGAAACGUUCCUUCUAUACUUACAGCAAAACCCGGAAAUGUUCACAGACGAGUGCAUCAUACGAGAACUCGAUGAGAAUAACGCCCUAACAGUUCAUCCAUGCUCCGACUUUAAUAUUGAUUGUUUUUACACCGGAAAUACCAACGACCAGAAUGACUCCUGGGUGGCGGCUAAUGUAUGCGGUGGUCUAAGAGGACUGAUCAGUUAUGGAAACACGAGUUUUGUUAUACAUCCAUUGCGCAACAAUGAAAGUUCUUCCGAUGUUGCAAACCAUAUCGUCUAUCGCUUAGACCAGAGUGAAAAACAAGUUUGCAAGACGGACGGAUCACCUGUAUUUACCCAUGUUGUACUUCCGCGAAAAAAACGAGAUGCGCCACGCAGAUUUAUAGAAGCCGGAAUCAUAGUUGACCCAACUAUGUACCGAUAUCAUGGAGAAAAAAUAACGGAGUACGUUUUCACAGGUUUUAAUAUCGCGUCGAGACUUUACGCAGACCCGUCAAUAGGAACUGACAUUGAACUGGUGUUGAAAGAGUUGGUUAUAUUUAAGUCCAACAAUGGAUUUGAUGUGGACACCUCAGCAAACGCAAGUAGAACACUGUCUAGCAUGUGUCAAUUCCAAAGCCGACACCAAACAUUGCAAACAACAGAUGUUACUAUUAUGCUUACAAGGCUGGAUUUAGAGCACAAAGGCGUCCGCUCAACUACCGGUGUGGCUAAUGUGGGUGGGGCUUGUUCGAAAAACGAGAAGUGCGGUAUUGUGCGAGAUACGGGUCCAGUGUUUGGAAUAUCUUUAGCGCAUGUCAUUGGCCACUUACUUGGUAUGACCCAUGACGGCAAUGGGAACAAUAACUGUACACCUAUACAUGUAAUGUCAUCGGGGAGAAUCAGUGGUGAUGAAGGAUUUACUUGGUCAGUUUGCAGUGCGUCACAACUGCACGAAGCACUUCGGAGUUUAAGUUGUCUAAGAAACAAUCCACGUUCCGGAACUUUAAUCCGUUACACCAAAUUACCCGGCGUGAUAUAUACGGCAAAUGACCAAUGUCAAUUAUUGUUUGAUAAAAGCGCAAAAUCGAUAAUAUCAUCAAGGCAGUAUCCAUGUAAACACCUUUGCUGUUUUUUCAACGGUGGCGGUUUUUGUGCAUCGCAACCCGUUAUGGAUGGCACUGACUGCAACAACACGAGAUCAUGGUGCUUCAGAGGGUCGUGUGUCCAAAUGAAUGAAACGUUUAACACUGCACCUGUUCAUGGUGGUUGGUCGAAAUGGGACGAAACUUUUACCUCGUGCACGGCAACAUGCGGAGGUGGUGUCAAAUUCAAGUAUCGUUAUUGUUAUAAUCCAGUGCCGCAGUACGGUGGGCGUGAAUGUUCCGGUCCGAAAUUCAUUGCUAAAUUAUGCAACGUCGUUCCUUGUAAUUAUGCACCGGAAGUAGGAGAUUUAUGUCAGAAAUUGAACAAGACAUUUCCGUAUUCUGCUAAAGGGCAGUGGCACAUGCGUCAAAACCCUUUUCAAUUGAUGGGAGAUGACGGCUGUAAAUAUGUUUGCAAAACGAAUCAUUCUGACAAACCAAACUAUGCUGUAAAACUACCAUAUCCUAAUGGCCGGAUAUGCAAACACUUGGACUUUAACCAAUUCAGUAGAUGCAUAGCAGGUGUUUGUAGAUCGUUUGGUUGCGAUGGUGUGUUGGGGUCGAAUUAUAGUUACGAUUCAUGUGGAGUGUGUAAUGGUAAUGGUAAGACCUGCCGUCAAGUAAUAUUUACUGUCGCACAUAAACUUACAAGCUACCAAAAUGGGUUCCAGGCAGUAACAAUUGUGCCACAGGGCAGCACCGACGUUUUGAUAGAGCAGAAUAACACCGAUGUUUAUCUUGGCAUCAAAGUUAACAAUAUCACUUUGUUUGAUUCAAGAAACGUACAAAAAGAGACUUUAAUUGAUACACAUGGAGUACGACUAAUAUACAGGCCAUAUUUUGAAUCGAUAAGAAUCAACGGACCCUUAUUGGACAAUUUCCUAAUAGUUGCGCAGGCCAGGUCUUCAGCGAAUGAUAGCAAUGUGUUUUCCGUAAGCGUUAAGUAUCAUGUCAAGGACAAUAAUGUUACCUCCAGGUACUACUGGGGGGAAUUCGUAGGCCAGUGUUCAAGAUCAUGUGGCGGGGGUCUACGGAAACACGAAUUUAUGUGCUUGGAUCAUCUGUUGUUAUAUAUUCAAGCGGAAGAUUACCUCUGUGACCUCCGCACAAAACCGAAUGAGGAACCUACCCCUUGCAAUGAGCACGCCUGUCCAUGCAGAUGGUCAACUGGAAACUGGAGUGAAUGCUCGGUUUCAUGUGGCCAUGGACUAAAAACGAGGGAUAUUAACUGUUUGCAAUUCCAAGAUGGAGAACAUCACGUUGUGCAGGACGUUUUGUGUGCCAGUGAAAGAAGACCUGCCGAUCAAAUGUUGUGCGAUCUUGGUCUAUGCUGGAAAUGGCAAAUACAUAACGAGUCAGCGUGCUCAAAGACUUGUAGCGAGGGCUUUAAGUAUAGAGCUUACAUUUGCGUCGAAGCCGCUACAUCUGUUGUGUUACCCAUUGACACUUGUGACGAGGAGAAGAAACCAAGAUACAUGGUGAACUGUAAUCACGGACCUUGCAUGAAAAGUACCACGUGUACUGAUGACAUUGACCAUUGUAAGUACAUGUAUGGUGACGAUAUUUGUCAUGGCCGUUAUUCUAUAUGGGCUGAACACAAUUGCAGAAAAUCAUGCGGCGUUUGUGUACAGGACGACGACGAUUUGUGUUCACAGUAUAAACACUACGGAAAAUGGAUCGAUCUCUGCAAUGAAAGGUAUUCAACCUGGGCCGCAAGACACUGUCGAUUGACAUGCUCCUCCUGUACUUUUGAACCUGAUCAUACCAACUGCACACUCUACUAUCCUGACGCAUGCACCGACCCGAAGUACCAAAGUUGGAUGAGCAAAAACUGUGGACAUUAUUGUUGCUCGAAUCUCUUUAACUGAUGAUCUUGGUCAAACAUAAUAAUAAAAUGCGUCUCCUCUGAUUGUGACACUCCCUGUUUAACGACGCUUUUGUAAACUGCGGCGUGUUUUAAUUUUUGGGACUUUUAAGUUUUGAGAAGAUAUGAUAUGUAUUUGCUUGAUUGCCAUGUAAUAGGUGCUUACAAACAAAUUAUUGAAUGAGUUUAUAGUUUACUUUAGAAUCGAUUUAUUAAAGACAAGCUAUUUUACAUACAACUGAACUAUAAGUGUAAACUCUUAUAAUAAACUAAGUUAAGUUUCAUAAUUUUAAUACAGUUGUCAUAAACUAUUAUAUGCACUGUUCUAUAUAUAAACUCUAUAAAUUGAAUGAACUUGAUCAGAAAGCAUAUUGUUAAGACUUUAUAAAACUAUGUUGUACACAAAGACCCAAUCACGGUAACGUGAAACGAGGUAUGCAUUGGUUUUAUCGAUAAUAAGCUACUCCGGGCGCUUUUGUUGAUACCAAAUUGGUUGCAGUUUUGGUUCCAAUGCUUUCAGUGGUUUAAAAACCUGUUUCGAAAUUGUUGCUUCAAGCUACAAAUGUACGGUUUUAUGUACAACAUGGUGGAGCUCCUGCAUGUAGCCAUUAUUUCUAAAUUUCUUCAAAACAAUUAUUACACAGAUGAUCGUUUGCCUGUUUUAUCUAAAUGGUUUUUCAACACACGUGUUAAAUCACUGUCCGCCAUGUUGUUUUUCAAAAGAAAACUAGUUUUCGGAUGGAACGAACCGUCAAAACUGCCUACGGAGGAGGUUUCGAUUGUUUCAAAACCAGUUUCGGUUUUUGUAAAACAAACGAUAAAACUGGUAUUCAUUUUAUUUAAAACUGUGACAACAACAAAUACACAGUUCGAGAAACCAAUAUAAAACCAAAACUAGUGUACCAAUAAAAACGCCCGCAGUAAACCAGUUUACACGUCUAGUAGCCUGCAUGAAAGCUUUGUGUUUAUGAACUGGUAUUAUCGCUCAAUAUCUACUUUUUUAAAACAGGCUGUAACCUUUCUGACUGUUUUGCUUAUAAAUUGGCUCAUGUUUGUUUUGAUUUACAUAUAUGUAUCGUGGUAAUGGUUUUCGUUAAAGAGGUUUUAAAACAAUGAUACUAUAAAAGAUUGUGUUAAAAGAGCGUUUUGUUAUUGUGUUUGUUAAGCAUCAGCCA